UGUAGUGCCAGCGUGCAGUUUGAGGUGUACGUACAGUGGAGUUAAUAAAACAAAUAUGUCGUUUAAAGACCUGAUGACAAGUCUGCAGAACUGUGUGAUCGCCGUGGAUCAAGCCCCUGGAAAUGUCAGCCAGACACUCAGGCUCUUUGUUGAUAAACUGUCUGAAUCCUCCAGGAGUAGUGCGAAGAGAUGUAAGGAGCGCUGUUUAGAGGAGGCUGUCCAGCUGCUGAGACAAAUUCCAGAGGCUCAGCUUCAUGAUUUAGAGGACAGUCAUCUCCUGCUCCUCGUCAGACUCCUCAUCUCGAUGCAGCUACAGAUGGUCAACAUCUCUGCAGCCUGUCGUAAAGUGGACCAGAUGUUGCAACAUUUGGCAAAGGUGGACCACCAAUUGGUUUUUAGAGAAACCCAUCGCUGUUUGCACUCCAUAGUCCAUACUGACCAGGUAUUGUCUUUUGAGGAUCUGCAGAGAGCCUGUAUGUUCCUGGAAGACAGCACUGUCGGUCGUGAGGUGUGGCGAGAGUCUUUCCCGUCGUUGCUGAAGAAAGUGUCGGAGUUAUUCCUGGUUGUAUUGCAGAAAGAAUCCCUGAGAGAUGGGCCGCUGUGUUACAUUGCUGUCAAGGUGUGUUUGCAAGUAUUCCAGCUGUUGCCCAGUGAAGUGGCUCCUCUGGUGUGGACAACGGAGCACAGCGACCCAACAGUGCAGAAGAUCCUCCAGGCUCUUAUGGACAUAAUACUUGGACAGUGCUGCAACCGGGACACUUGUCUUUUGGCAGGCACUGCUGUGGCCAUGCUGAUCAACACUGCACCAGAGAGCAGAGAUGGAGAAGCUGCUGCCUGGAGUCUGCUACAGGUCACUCACUUAGAGCCCUGGCUGCUGACUGUUGGUGCUCUCCAGGUUCAGUGCUGCCCUACAGGGAAGGACGGAGUGGACAGGCUGGCUGUGAGCCGGGGCCUCCUGACCUGCUGUCGACCCAGCAUCCUCCUCAGUUCACAUGCGGAUGCCACACAAACUUGUUUACUGCUGAAAGGUUUGUUUCCUGUGGUCUAUGCUUUGUGUGAGGAGAAGCGGGAUUGUCACUACUUUGCGUUUGAAGCAUUAACACGGUGCCUGAAGAAAGUUAAAGAAUGUCUGCCCGAUAUCUGGAAGAUGACGGGCGUUCGCCUUCUGCCUGACAACAGCAGCCUGCAGCAACAGCUCAUUCACAUCACCUGGACCAAUGCAGAAAGCCCUGUGGAAGGUGUGUCAGAGUUUGUGCGCAGCGCUUUCUGUCUCCUGCUGGACCUCUAUGAGAUGGACUGUGAGCAGUUCAGCGACACAAAGAAGCCUCUUUAUUUUACUCUCCUUCAGCGAAUAAUCAAACUGCCUUGGGAAGCCAAAGCCAAAUAUCAUCGCCUUUGUGCCCUGCUGCCAUAUCUGGGUACUGACAUGGUGCUGGAUCAAUAUGCUGAAAUACCCAAUCAUCUCCUGAAGUGCUUGUCGACCAAUCACCUGUCGCCAUGUGGAUCAGAGCUUUAUAAGUGUCUGAUCCAGCAGCAGCGUCGAGAGCUGUGUGACGCCUCACACACUGAGCUGGAUCUGGCCAAUCAGUGGGCGAGGCGCUGGCGGCCCGUCCUUCACGAGGCGCUGAUGUCCGAUGUGACUCUUCUACAGAACAACAGCUCAACAUACUUGUUACCCUGCACCUUUCAAGUCUUCCCCUCUGCCAUGGAUCCUCUGCUGGCCUCUCUGGACCCUUUCGCUCCGGGCCACCUCCACGCCUGGGCCUGCAUCGUGAGCUCCUAUCGAGCCACGACCGGAGGAUCUCCCUGGGCUCUGCAGGGCAGCUCCACCCUUGAGAUCCUCCAUCUAGCUCUAGGAUCUGCAGACGACAAAGUCCGUCUCGCUGCUCUAAACCUCCUCUGCUGCAGCCCAAAGACCAAAGACACUCCGAGCACAGAGGAGAUGUCCAUAAUGAGAGUGUUUAUUCCUCAGAACCUAAACUGUGAGUCUUCGCCUUUUCGCCAACAUUUCCAGGCCGGAGUGAAGAGGUUUCUGGUUCGUAUUAGAGACGGUUGCUUGGCUCAUGUCAGAGGACAGAAAGGCAAAAAGAAAGGAGAAGCCACCGACUCAAAGAGGGCGCAGGACGAACUGGAGCAGGGAAUAGGUUUUGUUGAAUGGCUGGGUCAGCUUCCAUACAGCUAUCUGGCACCAGGACACAGUUUUCAGAGGAAGAAGACUGCGCUGCUGUUGCUUUCUGCAGUGCUAGAGACCUGCACGGACACCUGGAGCCCAGACAAACGGAAGGGACAACCUCCAGUGAAUAUGGGGUCUCUUAUUAACUGCGCCAGACAAAGAGGACAGUGGGAUUUUGUCUGCAGGACAAAACAGCUGGUCCUCAUCAGCUGUUUAGAAGAUUCUACAAACGAGAUUCGGGAGCUCUCAGCUGGGUUAUUGUUGAGGUUUUUCCCGCCCAGUUUUCCAGAUGACGUCGCUGCAGUGCUUCUCAUGAGAGCCAGACAGCUUCUGUGCAGCCCUCGGGUGCAGGAGGCUCAGAUGGGAGCACUGAUGAUGAAGGUCCUCCUUCAGAAAUCACAAGAUCAGCCGGAGAGCUGCAGGUUGAACGGUAACGUUACUGUCAGCGGAGGGAUUAACCACCAGGCCUCCUGCAUGGUAAAAUUCCUGGUGAAGGAGUUGGAGGAGCAUUAUCUGACAGCCAAGGCUGACAUGAUGCUCGCUGCCAGAACCAAGCCAGUACAUGGUGUUCUCAGUGCCCUCCAGAGGUGUUUGCUUGAGGCACCCAGCAGUGUCUAUGACACACUUGACUACAGUCUGACCGUUGAGUUGCUGGUCCUGCUGGAGAACUUGUCCCUGCUGCUGCUCAGUUUGCUGUAUGGAGACCAGGAUGCUUGUGUCACUGAAAAGGAUGCCCCGCCUUCUUUUUGUGAUAUGGGAAACGCCAUCAACUCUCUAAUAGCCCAGGAGUCUGAAGGCCAAAGGGAUGGGGAGGAGUGUGUCCUGCUAUCUGAGGAGCACGGCCUCGUUCUCACCUGCUGCUGGGUCUCCCUCAAGGAAGUAGGAAUCCUUUUAGGUUCUCUGGUGGAGAAAAUUAUCACUGAAUCCAAACCAAGCAAGUGCCUGCUAGCAAAGGAGGAUCUAAUGAGAGCAUCAAAAGUGUUCAAGAAUAUUCUUCUCAAAUGCCGUCACUGGGGGGCAGUAGAGGGAUGCUGUGCAGGCUUCACCAAGUUCUGUGCCUCUCUGUUGAGCAGCAAUGAUCCAGAGCUUAGUGACAUACCGGCCCACAUGCUGAAGAAAGGCUUGCAGGUUGUGCGGUCCCCUCGCUCUACCUCGGUGACCCGGCGGGCCGCAGGGCUGCCUAUGCUCAUCCUGUGUGUUGUGUCAGCAGAGGAGGCCAGUAAAGCAAGACCACUGUUAGCCCACAGUAUGCAGACCUUACUGGAGACAGCCAAAACCCCUCUGCCCGAGAACUGGGACCAAACGCUGGACCUGCCACAGGUGUGUGCGGUUCACACUCUGCAGGCCAUGGUUCGUGGUUCUGGUCUGGGAACAGCUGUCCUACAGUUCGCUCCUGCUGUAGCCAUCUUGUCACUCACUCUGCUCCGUUCUCCCUCCCUGCUGGGCCAUGAGGAACGCUGCUCUGCAACUUUACAGUUCUCUGUGCUGGCGAAUGCUCGGCCAGCGGCCCAGCAGUGAGGAGGCUGGCUCCACCCAGAACGGCAUGUCCCCACUGGCCUUCUUCCUCCACUACCCUGCGCUUCAGCCCUUCCUCCUGGGC